AUGGCGGCUGAGCAGAGGGCCAGAAGAGCUGAUGGCAUCCCAAGACGCAGGGGGAUCGUCAAAGUGGAAGAUCGUCAAACCAUCAGCCCCAGAGGGCCAGAGGGAGCGGACCGUGCAGGGAAACUGCCUCGGGUCCUCCAAGUAGGGACCAUCCGAGAGUUCCUGAAUUGGGCUGCCCCACGGCAAGUGAAGCAGGAGCCCAGGGAGGGCUUGCCCGAAAUCUGGGAAGCCCAAUGGCAGGAGUUCCUCACUGCGCUCCAGUCCUCUCCUCUAGGGGAGGGACACCAGCCGCUGGCCGAGGGACCCUCCCCGUGGGGGGACAACAAAGCCUUCUUCGCCUCUUUUGAACGUCUGGCUGGAACCUGCCAGCUGCCCCGCCGAGAAUGGCUGGCUCGCCUGGUGCCCGUGCUGGGCAGGGAAGCUAAAGAGGCCUACAGUAGCCUCAGCCUCCAGGACCGAAGCGAAUACGCCAAAGUCAAGGCGGCCAUCUUGAAAGGGGACGCCUUGCGGAUGGAGGCGCAGCGCCAGCGUUUCCGGCAAUUCCGUUACCAUGAGGCCCGGGGCCCCCGGGAAGUGUACAGCCAGCUUCGGGAGCUGUGCCGGGGGUGGCUGAAGCCAGAGAAGCACACCAAGGAGCAGAUGUUAGAUCUCCUGGUCCUGGAGCAGUUCUUGACUCUCCUGCCCCAGGAGAUCCAGAGCUUGGUGAGGGAACACGGCCCGGAGUCGUGUGCCCAGGCCGUGCCCUUGGCGGAGGCCUUCCUGCUCAGGCAGCAAGAGGCCGAAAGAAAGGGGAAGCAGACUCGGGGAAUCCGAGGGGUGAACUGGGCCGAGGUGAAGCCAUCUCCCGUGGGUGCUGGGCUGAAGCGAGUCCCUCGAGAGGUGAAGCAAGAUGCCAGAAUCCUGGACCUGGGGAACGCCAACGGGGAGCGUGCCGAGAAGGCCGCGAACCGCACUACCGAAAACGGAUUGAAGGCACCCGGCAGAGCCCAGCUGGGCCAGAGAAGCUUCCAAAAUCCCGAUAACCGGGCCGCUUUCUGCCCAAGCCCAGCCUUCUUCAAGCACCAGCGGGUCCACGCGACGGAGAGCCCGCACCAGUGCCCCGACUGCGGGAAGCACUUUACGCAGCGUUCCAGCCUCACCAUCCACCGGCGGAUCCACACGGGGGAGAAGCCCUACCCCUGUCCCGAGUGCGGGAAAUGCUUCCGUCAGAGCUCCAACCUCUUGAAGCAUCAGCGCAUCCACUCGGGGGAGAAGCCCCACCAGUGCCCGGAGUGCAGCAAAUGUUUCGCCCAGCGCUCCAACCUGCUGAUCCACCAGAGGACCCACACGGGGGAGAUGCCGUACGUGUGCGCCGAGUGCGGGGCCUGCUUCAGCCAGCACCGGGGCCUGGUGACUCACCAGCGGAUCCACAUGGACGAGAUGCCCUACGGCUACGGCUGCCCGGACUGUGGCAAAUGCUUCCAGCAGAACUCGGAUCUGACGAAGCACCUGCGGGUCCACACGGGCGAGAAGCCCUACAGCUGCCCUGAGUGCGGGAAGAGCUUCAGCUACAGCUCCAACCUCAGCAAGCACCAGCGGAUCCACACGGGCGAGAAGCCGUACCGCUGCAACGUGUGCGGGAAGAGCUUCAGCCACCUAUCGACGCGCAACACGCACCAGCGGGUCCACACGGGGGAGAGGCCUUACGGCUGCACCGAGUGUGGGAAAAGGUUCAUUUCGAGCUCGAAACUCACCCGGCACAUGCGAACGCACGCCAUAUACACCCCUUACAUCUGCAACGAGUGCGGGAGGAGCUUCAGUUCCCACUCGGCCUUGACCACCCAUCAGAAGGACCACUCCGCGGAGGGCUACAGUGUGGGCGGCUUGUGGGAGGGAGCCGAGCAGGGUCCGAGCGACUUCCUGGGCAGGCUGUCCCCUCUGUGACGGUGGCUGAGCUAGCCUGUCCUUAUGAGACUACUAGUCAGGGCGCUAGUCCCUAAGGCAUCAGAAUUCUUUCAGGCCGGUUGUGAGAGUAGGCAAUGCUGGGCUAUAGAAUUAGUGUGGUGGUUUUUGGAAGA